AUGUACGACGAUAAGGAAUAUCUCUUAGGGUUGGCUGCGAAAUCAGAUAACGCAGAACCUGCUGAGAAGGUCAACGAAUUCCCCCUCCAAGAGGAAGAGAAUAAAAAAGCAUCAGGAAACACAGAUGAAACAAGCGAAAAUGAUCGUGAGGACGAGGAUGAAGAUGACAGUUCGGAAUAUGUUCCGAUGACUGACAGUGAAUACGACACUGACGAAAUACCAGACUCUGAUGAACAGCUGGAGGAACCUGAAGUGAACGAGAAUGAAGUACCAAACUCUUCUCAUGAUAGAAGUGCAAUUAAAGAAAAUAAUACAUCGCAAAAUUCUACCUUGAAUUCAUCUGCAAACCGUACAAGUAUCGGAUGUGACGAUGCCCAUCUCAACGUAGAUCCGUCAAACGGCUCUAAAGGGGCUGGAAAAUUAUAUUAUUGCAUUUUCUGUGGUAAAAAACAAACCAAAUUUGCUCGACAUUUGCUACGAGUACACAGUGACGAAACUGAAGUGAAAAAAUUCAGUUACUUACCUGCAAAAAACCCUGAGCGACUAAAAUUUAUCACUAUGCUUCGAAACAAAGGCAGUUUGGUACAUAACAAAGAUAUCACUAUAAAUAAUGGAAAGUUAUUUGUCUGUCGAAGACCUCAGGCAAAAAUGAAGAAGGCUGGUAAGGACUUCGUACCAUGCUCGAAAUGUAAAGGUUUUUAUGCUAAAAGCAAUAUUCGUCAUCAUUAUCAACGUUGUGCAAAUCCAAAGAGCGGCAAUACUCGAACGAUAUUGAUAGAGGGGAGAAAACUUGUUAAACGUAACCACCCUGAAGCAUCUUUCAAGAUGAGCAACAGAAUUUUACCCGUACUGAGAGAUGACACUGAAGGUCAUAUUGCUAGAUAUGAUCGACUAAUUGUAUUAUUUGGCAACAAAUUAUCUCGUAAAUACCAGCAUCCACAUCAAGAUAAAAUGAUAAGAAGUCAAUUGAGGUUACUUGCUCGGUUUGUGAUAGCAUUAAAAGACCUAGAUCCAGAAAUUACGGAUUUGCAAUCUCUGUAUAAUCCUAAAUUUUAUGAUACAGCUCUGAAAGCAGUGAAUAAAGUGGCUAAAUUCCGCGAUGAAGACGGUACUUAUGAAACUCCAGCUCCAGCUGCGGCACUUGGAACAUGCUUGAAGAAAAUUGGGGCUAUUCUAAAAAGUGACUGCAUCAAACGACUUGAUGCUGAGAAGAAACAGCUGACUAUAGACUUUUUGAAUUUACUCGAAGAAGAUUACGGUUGCAGUGUAAAUAAAACUGUUAUAGAGACACAGUCCCAACAAAAAAGGCAAAAAAAGGUUGUUUUACCAAAAAAAGAUGAUAUUGCUCUGUUACAAAUAUAUUUAAAAAGACAAAGAGAAAUUGCUAGAGAGCUUUUGGAAGUAAAGGUAACCAGAGACGCAUGGAUGUCAUUAGCGGAGGCAACGCUCAUCACAACUCAAGUUUUCAACCGUCGUAGGGCUGGUGAAAUAGAAAGAAUUACAAUUGAAGAUUUCAAGAAUUACGUUCGCUUGAAUAAAGAUACAAAUAAGGAUUUGUUCGAAUCUUUAUGUGCUUCAGACAAGGAAUACGCCGAACGAUAUGUUCGAUUUUUCAUUCGUGGAAAGCUUGAUAGAACGGUACCAGUCAUUUUGGACGUAGAAUUACUGCAAGAUUUCAAUACCAUAUUAGCGGAACGAUCAAAUGUUGGCGUAAACGAUAAAAAUCCAUUUGUGUUCGGAACAAGCUCGGACAAGAAAGCUCACAAGCAUCUGGAUGCAUGCAAACUCAUGAGAGAAUUUUCCAGCAAAUGUGGAGCAGAAGAUGCUGAAGCUUUGAGAGGAACAAAAUUACGUAAGCACAUGGCUACUGAAUAUGCCACUAUGAACAUAUCAAAAAACACACUGGAAAAUCUAUGUGAACACAUGGGUCAUCAUGAAAAGAUACACAAAACUAUAUAUCGACAACCAAUACCAAGUCGCGAACUCAUCGAUAUAUCAAAAAUGUUGGAACACGCACAAGCACGGUCUAGUCAUCACCAAAACGACAAUUUUUGCGACGAAAAUGAGAGUGACCAUGACAUGACAAAAGGAAAUGCCGCAGAUGAUUCGGAUAACAUCGAAAACAUUAAUAAUUUGGAUGAUUUCAAUGAUGAUACGGAUCAAAGUUUGUGUAGGAAAAGAAAAACUGAAGAUCACGGAUACCUAGCGAAUCGUCGCUCUAGCAGACAUUAA